AGCAGAUAGAGAUGAGGCACGAGGAGGAGCGGAGGAGGAGAGAGGAGGAGAUGAUGAGACACAGGGAGCAGGACGACAUGCGGCGCCAACCAGAUGGAUUCAUACCAAACUACCACGACAACGUGCUGGGUGCCAGAUGCCACUAAUAAUGCAGCAAUGGAACUGGGAGGUUAUCGCUGUGUCACUUAAGGACAUCUGGAUACUGAGGGACUGGAUGGAUAGCAUGUCUCCGCAGCAGCGGCAGGACAGCCUCACCCGGGGCGGCCAGCAGGAAAACAGACGGCGAAUGAAGUUCCAGAGUUACCGACGUCAGUCUGCGCCGUCUCUGGUCAUCACCAAGGCUCUCACCAGGUCCAAAACUCUGUCCAGGGAGAGUUUCCUGGUUCCUGCGUUUCCAGAAACCUGUCCGUUAGUCCAGUCCUUUCUGGUCGUCCCCGAAAGGUUCUUCCUCCUCUACGGACACGCCCAGCUGAAGACGGGCAUGCAGACCCAGGACAGACACCUCUUCCUGUUCAGUGACAUCCUGGUGGUAGCUAAAGCCAAGUCAGCCAACAACUUCAAGCAGAAAGCCCAGGUGUGUGUGUGCGAGAUGUGGACGGCGAGCUGUAUGGACGAGGUGUGUGAGGGAAGCACCGCCCCGGAGCGGAGCUUCGUCAUGGGCUGGCCCACCUGGAACUGCGUCGCCGUGUUUAGCUCAUCUGAACAGAAGGAGAGAUGGCUUUCCCUCCUAAAGAGUCGGAUAAAGGAGGAGAAAGAGAAGGAGGAGCCUAAAACAAUCCCUCUGAGAGUUUACGGGAAGGGACUGAACACCUUUGCUAUUACCAAGACUCUUCCUGUCAGCAACUGGGAUUCAGCCAAUGAGGUGAUCCGCCUGGCCCUGCAGCAGUUUGGCAUUAUAGGAAAUGUCAAAGAUUUCCAGCUGUGGGUCGUCUCCAAGAGAGACAACACACCUUAUCCUCUUAUUGGUCAUGAGUUUCCCUUCAGCAUCCAGAUGAGUCAUGUGAGAGACUCUGGGGUUCAGGGAGGAGGAAGCCGGGACGUCACAGCGCCACCUGCGGACAGGCAGGCGGCCAUGCAGGUGGAGCAGCUGCAGGUGUACAAGCAGUGUCAGUUCAUCCUAAAGCCUCGGCCUGCAGAACCACCGCAGCAGCAGUUACCUGCAGAUUUCUCCCAGAAGUCGUUCAAACGGCGGCGUUCGCUCAUCACCUGGGCCUUCUGGAGAGGCUCCUCAUCUCACCUGAACGAGCUGUCGCUGGCCGGAGCCACUCAAGGCUGCUUGUUCGGUCAGCCGCUCAGCUCCAUCUGCGUGGAGGACGCUCUGCCCAAGCCCGUCAUGGACAUGCUGAUGUUUCUGUACCACGAGGGUUCCUGGACCCGAGGGAUCUUCCGGCGCUCAGCGGGAGCCCGGGCCGUCAGAGAGCUGAGGGAGUCUCUGGAUGGCGGACAGCUUCAGCUUCCUCUCACACGGGAGCACAUCUUCAUCAUCGCCGGAGUCUUCAAGGAUUUCCUGCGGAGAAUCCCUGGGAGUUUAUUGGGCUGUGAGGUGUAUGAGGAAUGGAUAGAUGUGCUGGAGGAAGAGGAGGAGGAGGAAGAACAGGUCCAAGACAUAAAGAGGAUGAUUCGUCGCCUGGCUAAAGAGAACGCGCUUCUGCUCCGCUACCUGUUAGCCAUGCUGCAUGCGGUCCAGGCCAACGCUCAGGAGAACCAGAUGACCAGUUUCAAUCUGUCAGUGUGCAUCGCUCCCAGCUUGCUGUGGCCUCCUGGCGCCCCCUGCAGUCCCGAGGCGGAGGGAGAAGGAGCCAAAAAGGUUAAAAUAAUGCAAUACGUUUUUUUGAGCUGCAGAAAAAAAUAUCUGGAGUUUGAGUUGGGAUCUGCUGCUGUUAUAGCUGUAUCAUCACAGCAUUAUGCUGCCACUACCAUGCUUUGUGUUGGGGAGGUGAAGUAUUAA